AUGGGCCUUUGUCCUUCUAAGAAGAGAUACACGACUGAGUUAUCCGAUGACGAAGUGGCUGCUAUUCGCGACGUUUGGAUCAGAGCCAAGAAGGUGAACGUUGGCAAGAAGAUUCUACAGACCCUCAUCGAGAAGCGUCCAAAAUUCGCAGAGUAUUUUGGUAUUCAAAGCGAAUCGCUUGAUCUAAAAACUUUGAACCAAAGCAAGGAGUUCCACUUGCAGGCCCAUCGGAUCCAGAAUUUUCUUGACACAGCGGUUGGCUCGUUGGGUUUCUGUCCGAUAUCCAGCGUUUACGACAUGGCACAUCGUAUUGGACAAAUUCACUUUUACAGAGGGGUAAACUUCGGAGCUGACAACUGGCUGGUGUUCAAAAGAGUAACAGUUGAUCAGGUCACCACUGGACAGACGGACAGUAGCAGUGAUCCCGAGCAAAAUGGUCUCCUUAAAAUAGAAACCGAAACGGAUACAAUUAUCGUCCCUGCCCUAGCAAACGCCUACAGUGGAGAAAACUGCUUGGCACGUUUAGGAUGGAACAAGCUAAUGACAGUGAUUGUGCGAGAAAUGAAGAGAGGUUUUUUGGAAGAAGCUAUGCGCAACUGCAAAGAAGAAGACAAUAAUAACCUCCUCACGUAA